AUGGGUAGAUAUAAAAUAAAACUAGGAAGCAAGAGAUGGCAGGUUCGAAUGUUUUACCAUUUCCUGGACCUUGCCAUGUCCAAUGCCUGGUUACUGUACAAGAGGGUUAAUAAGACCAAGAAUACGAAUGGACCACUGCUGUCAUCUGCUGACUUUCGUGAAGAGAUUGGUACGGUGCUAUGUAAGAUGGGGAUAAAAGCACACGUACAACGCCGAAGCAUUGAACCAGACAUCCGGGCUAAAAAUCGCAAGGGUCCAGCUCAAUUCGUGCCUCCAGCAGCUGUGCGCCAAGACCAAGUAGGUCACUGGCCAGUAUGGGUCGAAAAACGUAUCCGUUGCAAGCUCCCUAACUGCUCUGGAAAAUCACAGACCAUUGUGGAGUUGCAUUAUGCAACAACAAACAAAACAAUUGUUUUAAAACGUUCCAUAUUUCAUAGUGGAACACAUUUCAGCAAUGUAUCCGUAAUGUCACACUCGCUUUAUUUUUAUUUUGUGAUGUAA